AUGGGCACCUGGAACACAGCUCCAGACGGAAAUGCCCCUCCGAUCACUAUAGGAUCUGUUCCCUCUGAUGAUUCAGAUAAAGAGUGGUUUUUCAACAAUAUCCAGAUGUGUGCUGAGAGGGUGGACGAGUCGCAGAAGGCUAUCAGAGAGAGGUACCAGCCCGCAGAAGGCGAAGAGGCCCCUUCCGACCUCACGAUUCGCGCUCUCGCCCAUCGUCUACAAGCGUACACCCUGGCAUGCCACGCCUUCGUUACGGCCGAGGAUGCUAGCAGGAUCGAUUAUAAGGCCGUGUCGCCGAUGAUGACCGACGCCAGUAGCGGAGCAUUGUCGGACUUCGCUAAGGAGGUGCCUCCAGCCACACUGGGUGAUGCGGCCAUCAUAAUCAAACGACUGAUAGAGCACGAUCUCGCGCGCAAGAAGGACGGCGAGGACGAUAUCGACCUGUUCCGUAAGGCUUACGCUGGCGUGGUGGGCGUGGCGACGCCCGAAAACCUCCAGGAUUAUGUUGACAAGUUGAAGGGCGGGUUGUGCGAGGACCGCAAUGCAAAACAUGCGCUGAAGGCGCUGGUGGAAGAAGGUAAAAUGACGAAGACUGUGGCGGACAAGAUCAGGGAGUCCAUCGAAGGCCCUGCCAUAGCGGUCUUUGUGGAGCUUUAUGGCACCAUCGACAUAGCUACGGUCGGAGAUGCUAGUGUCAUCGAGUCGGAGAUAGCCAUCCUCCAGACCCUUGACGAUGAUCUCUCGCUCGGGAGUUGGUUCCUAUCGGUUGUGCCUGAGCACUGGCGUCUAUUGGUCUCUGUAACUGGGGCUGAUUAG